AUGACGCGACCUCAAAUUCUGUUUCUCGAUGCUUACGACUCCUUUACGAACAAUAUCGUAUCCCUUCUCACAACGCUGCUUGACGCCGAUGUGCACGUCUUACCGAUUGACACGCCCUUGCUAGACCAACAGUCGCCGACGUUCUCGGUUGAUUUUCAUCGGGAAUUAUCACGGUAUCAUGCAGUAGUCUGCGGGCCUGGGCCUGGCUCUCCCGAGAAUGAGACGGACGUUGGGCUCAUGAGAUGUAUUUGGAGGUUGCAGGAUGAGUAUAUUCUGCCGGUUCUUGGCAUUUGCCUCGGGUUCCAGAGCCUCGUUCUUAGCUCGGGCGGCAAGGUGAGGAGGCUUCAACGCGGGUUGCAUGGGAUGGUUCGCACCAUACAGCAUGAGAAACCUGAUGCGACGUGCGCCGAGGACAUCUUCAAUGGUGUCUCCGAGUUCAAGGCUACCCUUUAUCACAGCCUGUGUGCCAACAUCGGACAAGAUUCCAUCUCAGAUUCCGCUUGGGCAGAGUGCCGUUGGCGUGCUCAGAAGACGGCUCCUGAGCUGUUGCCUCUGGCGUGGGUGGAUGAGGAGAGGGACAGCGGCCGCGAGAGAAUCCUGAUGGCGGUCAAGCACCAGAGCAAACCCUUUUGGGGCCUCCAGUACCACCCAGAGUCCGUCUGCACCCAGCCGGUAGGCCAUGCGGUCAUCAGCAACUGGCUCCGCGAAGCCAUGGCGUGGAAUCAAAAGGCGAACAGGACCGUGUUGAGCGGAGAGCGGUUCCUGGCAAGGAAUGCCGUGAAGCCGAGUCUCCUCUGCGAGAACCGUGCCGCGGCUCAGCGAGGGAACGCGCCGGUCCUCGAGUGGACGGAGAUGCCCACGCCGCUGGCGACUGUCGGACUCGACUGCGAGUACAGAUACAAGACCAUCAGCCUUCCGGCGAACGCCAAGGUGCCGGAUAUCGUGGAAAUACUAAAGAGCGGCAGGACGGAGCACAUCAUUUUGGAUUCGUCCAACUCGAGCAACAUGGCGACGGGCGCCGCAGACGUUCGGGGCCGAUUUAGCAUCAUUGCGCUGGAUAUCGAGGAAUGUCUGCGGAUCGAGCACCACGUUGGAGACGAUUUUGCCACGGCUCGUAUCCCUUCGAUCCAGGGACUGCCCGUCGACCUCGUGGAGACUGUUCCAUUCGGAUCGCGAAAGAACAUUUGGCAUAUCCUCUCCGGCUUCCUUGAGAAGCGACGCAUCCCGGCGUCAGGGGAGCUUCAGACGCCGUUCCGAGGUGGCUUCAUGGGCUAUCUUACCUAUGAGAUGGGACUCAAGGGGAUCGACGUCACGGUGACUGCCGACAGAGGGCAUCAGAGACCUGACUUAUGCUUCGCCUGGGUUACGAAGAGUAUUGUGGUCGAUCACGUCAAGGGCCUGUUGCACGUCCAGCACCUUCAAAAGCGCAAGCUCAACGGCGACUUUUGGAUCGACUCCGUGGUGGCAUCGUUACAGACGUCCCACUUCUGGCAAUCACCAGGCAAGGUCGCCAUUAACGGUUCGGAUGCUUCAACCGUAGCCACGAAGCCCAUUAUCCGAGUCCCUGCUGCCGACGAGUACGAAGCCAAGGUCUCUCGCUGUCAAGACUUCAUCGCGGCCGGUGAGUCCUACGAGCUAUGCUUGACGGACCAAACAACCAUCACUCUACCAGGACGCCCAACGAGAGAUCACAACAGCCUCGCCAACAGACACUCCCCAGCACAAAACAAAUCCGCACACGUCGCGCCCUGGCAGCUCUACAAGACGCUCAGAGCCCGCCAACCCGCCCCCUUUGGCUCCUUCCUCCGCCUCGGCGGCGCGACUCUCAUCAGCAGCUCACCCGAGCGCUUCCUCGAGUACGACGCCGACGGCUCCUGCUCCAUGCGGCCGAUGAAGGGCACCGUCCGCAAGUCGAACCAGGUCGCCACGCUCGCGCAGGCCGAGGCGAUCCUGCACGUGCCCAAGGAGGAGGCCGAGAACCUCAUGAUUGUGGAUCUCGUCCGGCACGAUUUGCACGGCGUCUGCGGCUCGGGGAAUGUUACGGUGCCGCAUCUGAUGAAAGUGGAGGAGUACGCGACUGUGUUCCAGAUGAUUACCAUUGUCAACGGACAGCUGCCGAAGCUAAAGUCCUCGAGUGCCGAUCGCCAACAUACGGGGUUCGAUGUCCUUGCGGCUAGUCUCCCGCCGGGCAGCAUGACGGGGGCCCCGAAGAAGCGGAGCUGUGAGCUGCUGCAGGAGAUUGAGGAGCAUAGGGAGAGGAGUCUAUACUCUGGCGUGGUGGGGUACAUGGACGUCACUGGAAAAGGGGACUGGAGCGUCACGAUCCGGACCAUGUUCAAAUGGGACGAUGAAGCUGCGCCGCCGGAGGAAGGCGAGACGGAACCGAGAGAGGUCUGGCACAUCGGAGCCGGCGGUGCCGUGACCAUCCUGAGCACUGCUGAGGGUGAGAGGGAGGAAAUGUUCACCAAGUUGGCGGGGCCUUUGGGCGUCUUUGCGGAAGCAUGA